AUGCGCCGCCCUCCAGCGUCACCCGGCGCCUGGUUGGGUAUCGAAGCACUUCGGAGGAGCCGCCCCUGCGGAGCUACGGACGGCAAAAACCGUCGACCUCUCAAAGCCAACCACCCCGACCCCUUAACUAUAUAUCCCGAGCUUGACCGGUACCGGAAUCUCCAACAGCAGGCCCCCGAGCGCCGGACCUUCGACUCUAUCCCCAGGCUCAGCACCAAUGACCUUUCUCCACCCACGCCCGGAUAUAUAUCUGGAACCGGUAGUCAAUUAAGUGCCAUGAGUGCGAGUCCCUCAACGCGCUUCUCCGAGUCUCCUGGACCUGGCCCCUAUAGUCGAGAUACUACACCCACCUCCAUCGCCUCCCAAUCUCCUGGCCUGAUUGCGCCCCGAGGGUUUACCCAUCCGCGGUUGCGCCAGAACGGCAGCCCCGCACAGACCCGGCCACCGGUCACCAAGAGGAGAGGUGGAAGCUUCUCUGGCGGGGUCAACCCUAUAAAUGCCGAUCCAGAUGGACUUGCAGCUGUCCGAGAAUCGCUAACUUCUUCAUCGUCCAACUCGACGGUCCGCGGUACCGACAAGAAGAUCCUCAAGAAGAAGCUCCAGGCGCCUCCGCUGAGCCCCCUCCCCGGAAGUCGUCCGCGAAACAGGUCACGGCCAAAGUCUCCACCACUGCCGAACCUAGCUGGCGGCUGCCGUCUCUGCAACCCAACGCAUGCAAACACUUUCGCCUCGUGGCACGCCCCUACCAGACCCAGUCGAGACAACACUCCGGACAUACAGUCUCAGCUCUGGGAACCUGUUCCGGUUAUCCACAGCAAUCUGUCUUCCGCAAGCCUGGGCGUUGGCGAGAGGCGGGGUAGCGAGCCUGCACCGUCCUCUCUUCCUCGAUCCACCACUCCGUCAUAUCAGCCCCGCCGCCCCUCCGCCCAGGAUACGGUGCCCGGUGCUAAAACCGGCUCUGUGGGCACGAGCAAGAUUACAAAGCCCGAUCCCAAUAGGCCAACGCGGACUCCUAGCCCGAAUGUAUCAACCUUCAAUUCUCGUUUCAAUUUCUUUAGCCGGAAGAAGACGCCUACUACUGAAGCCGCGCCAACCGCCAAGAAGGACAAGGCAGACAAGGGAGCUAGGAAGGGACCGGCAGCUGGGACCGGCCACGAGGGCUAUGGUCGCUUGGGGAAUAUACGGCGUAGAAGCAGCGGCGCUCUCAAUAACGCACGGCCAGCCCCUGGUUUUGCGUCUUCGCAAGAAAGUCUUGCGAAUGGGCCGCAGUUCAACGACCCGUUUCUCCGAGACAGGAUGAACCCAGUCAUCAUUUCUGGGGGUGAAAUCAUCGACAAUCAAAACACGGGUGGUAGCGAGCUUGGUAGAUCAGAGAGCAGCCAGAGUUUUGCCAGCCAUUCUCGACAACGCAGCAACGAUUCCAAAUUCAGCUCCGAAAUGUCCACCACUUCUGCCGCAACGGAAGAUCGGAACACGCUCUGGCCUUCGGCUUUCCCAAGCCCCAAACAACUCACACAGUUCGGGGGUAUUGCACCGUCGCCGCUUACGAGUGUAGAGACCCACAUCUUCACGGAUGACUCCGCUGCAGAACUCCAGCCCGAGAUCUCACAAGGGCCCAAGCUCAGUGUACCGCAACCUAGGAAGUUGACGAAGCCGGCCAAGUCGCCACGCAAAUGGAACCUCUUUAGUCGCACCCAUAAUCAAGCGGCGGCUUCCCAAGAACCAAAGGUCGAGGUUACCGCAACGGUCAAGAUUGUACAGACUAAGAGCGUACCGUUUUACGCCAUGAUGGACUCUUCAGAGCAAGAGGACGCUGGCGAAGAGCUAGAUGUUAUGGACGUGCUCCGUAGCGCAGAAGGGGCGGUAGCGCCUGCGAAACAGAGCCGCCUACCCCAAGUGGGUCGCAUCCCCAAAGUAGUGAGCACACGCCCAGAGCAGCAGACCUCGCCCAAGAGCUUCUCAAGGCCGUUUAACCGGUUGAGCUUCCAAGCUCCGAAGCGGGUCUCAGCCUCUCUAGACCGGGACUCUACAGGCACGGGCACCAGCUCGGCCAUUGGCAAGGCCCUGACCCCGGACCUAACGAUGCAGGAAUCCACGGUGACGAGCGGGUCCCGGGAGUUAUCCUGCGCGUCUGGCAUCUAUACGGUGGUGGACACCACGGCCGUGAUCCCUUCCCCAAGCGCGCCUCUUGCGGAAGAUGAAAUUUGGGACGAAUACAAUGACUUACUUGGGGAUGUCACGCUCAAGGGCCUCGCAUUCGCAACGGCACUUCCCAAGAAGACAAUGACUAUUCCGAUCAAAUAUCGAACGAACAAGGGCCCAGCCAUGGUUCCCGAGUCCCCCACUAUAAUCAUGGGACCGACAAGGAGACUGCCUCAGCUUCCUACCCCAAAGGUUGACCGAGAGAAUGUCGUCUCUACCGUGUACAGCUGCGAUGACGAGGAUGAUGAGGACGACUACGACGAAGGUGAAAAGCAGGAUGAGAGUCGUCGUUAUGAUUCUCGUCUCAAAAUCCCGAUUGCGGAGGCCAGCCCGACGACACCAUUUUCUGUUUCUCGGUUUGUCGAGGGAUACGGUGACCGUAACAACAGCGCAGACCACAUGUCAGUCAAGAUAGACGCGCCGGCGGUGUCCCAGCGAAACAGCGGGGCUUCUGGAAAAUCGACAGGAUCCACAGGCAGCGGCAACAGCAAAAGCUCAGAGGAAGAGACACCGCUGGCACAGGUCAACCUUCGUGUGGGUUCGAUGACUGUGAGAGUUGAUGCUCGAAGGCGCUUCCCGCGAAAGAACUCGGUCCUCGUCGUGGACGGGCUCGGCAACGACGACUGGUCGUUUUAUGCGGCCGAGACAUACCCGGGAGCCAGCUUCUUCAACCUUUCGCCGCGGGCCCCCAUACCUGAGGACAGGCGAACCUCGGCUGCCUUCCCACUCAGCCCGGCCAACCACUUCCAGAUCCAGUAUACGUCGCAUCUCAGCAAGUUCCCUUUUGGCCCAGAGACGUUUACCUCGGUAGUUUUCCGCUUCCCUCCCGCAGCGCCGGAGUCGCACUACCGCAACAUCAUUUCGGAAGCCCAUCGAGUACUCAAGCCAGGCGGGCACAUUGAGCUGUCCAUUCUCGACGUUGAUCUCAACUACAUGGGCAACCGCGGACGACGCACCAUUCGCAGACUCAAGGAGCAAAUCCACACAAGCAACGCAAACGUCAACCUCGCGUCAACGGCCGAUGUCAUGGUUCGACUCCUCGGAAAGAAGAACUUUGCGGAUAUCAAGACGUGCCGCGUAGGAGUGCCGGUAGCCAGUUCCAUCGCGCGCGCCAACAAUGCCAGGGCGGCGUCAGCCGAGUUUGCGUCGAGGCCCAACGGCCACGAUCAGAGCAAAGGCAAAGGCAAGGCGACGAAGACGAUUGGCGAGCAGCGCAGCCUCGCGGAGAUGAUGAACGACGAUAGCGAACUGGCUGACGAGAGCAUUGCUAAAAUGGUCAGCAAAGUGGGACGCUGGUGGUACUCGCGGUGCUACGAGAGUGUGGUAGCACCGGGGUCCGGCUCCCCUUCUGGAUCGAAGAAGACGAGCAUUUGGAGUGACAAGGCGCUCAUGGCGGAGUGCGAAGAGUUGGGGACGAGCCUCAAGCUCAUGGUUUGCUACGCGCGGAUUCCCGACAAGGGAAACCGCGUAGCGAGCAUCUAG